AUGAGAACCAAUAACGGGGGAAGCGGUGAAUCACCGCUGUUUGGGAGCUUUGACAGUCCCUGCAGACGCAUGCAAAACACCGCUCAUGGAGGGGUAGCACCGAGGCAUCACCACGUAAGCUGGGAGCAUGCCUUGCAUGACGAGCUUACCCAAGGUCGGGGACAGUCUGGAAUGUUAGGCUUGCAUACGCGGAUGUACCUGGGUGGAGAACUGGCAAAGAAAUGUGCAGCUGGAGACCAGCUGAAGGUAUCCAGUACUUUCCUGCUUGACUUCCACCCGCGGCGAACUACUGCAGCCACCGGGGCCGGGGGGAGAUGUCCGGCUCACGGGGAAAAAUACUUUUUAUUUAUUUACUUCAUCCCAAAAGGGACGAUCGCUGGGGCGGUGGAGACCAUCCAAUCCAGCACGGCGGUUCGAUCAUUCAUCGGAGGCGGUCAGGUUCAAAGGAAACUUACCCUACCCUCUUUAGCAACCGAGUAUGAAGCCAUUCAAGACGGUCAAAUAACUAGUGUGCUUGUGAUGGCUUGUGAUGGCUGGCGUUCUGGGCAUGGUGUUGGUGUGCUCUUCUUUGGCGCGACUACUAGUUCCAGGGGUACAUAUGCAAAGAAGUCUAGAAUUAGAUCAUUCGUUCAGGUCCACUACAACCAACGAAGUAGUACAAAGUACACUGUAUGA